AUGCAGGCAGAUGAAAAUAAUAAUCCGACUGAAGAUGUAGACAGUGAUGUCAACAACGAAAACGCAGGCGGGAAAACUUUACCAUGGGUCAUUCUAGGCAGUUGCUCGACUGGAGCAGUUUUUCUGACCAUCCUAUUUGCUGUGACCUUGACAGAUGUGGUUUUUGGUACCAAUAUGGCUGACGUUGAUCUUGUUUCUCGUGAUGACGCUGCUAUUGUCGCUGAUAAUGUGGCUGAUGGUCCUGAUGUGGCUGGCGUUUAUCAUGAUGUUAAUAGUGUUGUUGCUGCUGGUAAUGCGGUUGACGCUCUGGUUGUGGUUGUUGGUUCAAAUCUUGUUCUGCCCUUUUAUGCGAACAUCAGCUACCAUAACAACUGCAACAACAAUACUAAUUUAUUCAACGACAACACCAAUGAGUACUUCAACAACUGCAACAUCAACUGCUGCUUCAACAGCUAUUACCUGAUUCUAAAACCAUCAAUCUUUUUCAUAAAAUUCGUAGUCUUUGGCUUUAUCUUUGAUUCUACUUCAACAACUAUUUUGACAACUUCAACAACAUCCAGCCUUCCUACCACCACCGGUAGGGCUAAGUUUGUUAGUUUCAGCAUCAAUAUACAAAACGUGGAGAAAUAUUAUUUAGAGGUGUACAAAGGUCAUUUCAAUGACACCUACAUUCAAGAAGUUAACCUUUCUUACAAUAACCAGCCAAUAAGCCAUACAGAUCCUGGAAGACAUGACUUUGACUUUAUCGACAUCAACUACAUACCUCUUGAUCUUAGUAAAAACAGCAUAUUUGAUUCCGUGAAAAUUGAAAUUUGCUGA